AAUGGAAUUUUAAGCCAAGUACUUCAAACUAACCCUGCCUUAAUUUUUUGUCUCUCUGGCUUCUUCCCAACACAAGCCAAACUAACAUGCUUGUUUGUUGCAAAGAGUCAUAACCAUAGAUCCAUACAACAAAGUAAGAGAGCUUCUAUUACCAUGGAAGAAGCCAGUGCUAGUGGAAACCAUAGUUAUAGUGGAUCACCAAUAACCAACAUAGCACAGGACCACCUCUUAACUAUUCUUCUCCUCCUCCCCAUAGAUGCAAUUUUCUCACUUUCCAUGACCUGUAAGAGGCUCAGAGCUAUAACUUCCUCUGAUACCCUUUGGAAAUAUCUUUGCAAAAGGGACUUAGGUUCUUCAUGUGUUGAUGCACUCAUCAAUUCUAAUUCUUCUUCUUCUUCUUCCUCUUCCAUUCACAACAAUAACCAUCAUAACAACCACCAUCAGUUUUCAUGGAUGAGGCUCUACAAGCAAGUCUACAAGAUGGAUUCUGUUACUUGCCAUAGAUUUUCUGAGCCACAACAUGGUCAAUUGGAUUUUCCAAGUGCUAGAGCCUCUCACUCUCUCAACUUUGUAUCCAAUUGUUUAGUUUUGUUUGGUGGUGGAUGUGAAGGAGGACGACAUCUUGAUGACACAUGGGUGGCAUAUAUUGGUAACGAUUUCCGGAGUAUGCUGAGAUGGCAAGCAGUGAAUUCAACAAGUCCAAGUGGGAGAUUUGGUCAUACAUGUGUGGAAAUGGGUGAUUUCCUUGUUCUCUUUGGAGGAAUCAACGACCGUGGCAACCGGCAAAAUGAUACAUGGAUGGGGCAAGUUACAUACAAUGAGAACCAUAGUGUUGCAUUCUCAUGGAAGAUGCUUGAUGUUGGAGCAGUUGCUCCACCACCAAGAGGGGCUCAUGCUGCUUGUAGCAUAGAUGACAAGAGAAUGCUAAUCCAUGGUGGAAUCGGCCUUCAUGGCCUCCGGUUGGGUGACACAUGGGUCUUGGAGUUCUCAGAUAGCCGCUGCUUUGGCACAUGGCAUCAGAUUGUAGCUCAACCAUCGCCUGCACCUCGAUCUGGCCACACACUGACUUGCAUUGGACAAAGUAGGACAAUUCUGUUUGGUGGCAGAGGCCUAGGCUAUGAGGUUCUUGGUGAUGUAUGGAUGUUGGAUACAUGCCAAGGAUAUCUAAAGUGGGUUCCAAUACUAUAUGAUCUGCAGGGCAUACCACAUAGUGUUUCGCUUCCACGAGUCGGACACACAGCUACCAUGGUUUUGGGGGGUAGGUUGCUAAUCUAUGGAGGAGAAGACUCAUACAGACACAGAAAAAAUGAUUUCUGGGUUUUGGAUGUAAGUGCUAUUCCUUGCACAAGUAUGCAGCAUUCUACAAUGAGCUCAUCUAAGAGAGUUAAAGACAAAAAUAUGUGGAAAAGGUGGAAGUCAAGCAGGUUUGAUAGAGAACUCUUUCUUGUGGAGCUUGUGCUUCAACUUAGAGACUAGGGAUGCAAUGUGUAUAUGGUGUAAUCUUAUGUGCAGUAGUAUCUACCAGUUACAUGCCAUAAGCUUAUGACACUGCUGGUGUUAUUGUAUCAGAGAUUGUAAAUAACAGCUCCGUUGCUCAGCCAGUGUCAAAAGUAUUCUGUGAAUUGUAACUACUAAUUAAGGAAGUAAUGGUGUGAAUAAAGAUUAGAAGAACUUAAAAAGAUGUAUGAUGAUUAACUUUAUUUCAAUUGUAAAUUACAUUGAUUUAUAAGAGCAUGCACUAAUCUGAGAUUUUAGUUA